UAAUUGUACUUCAAGUGACUGCCACCAACUUGCCAGAUAAGAUUUUGCCAAAACUAUUAGCACUGAUAAAUGUGAAUGUGGACCCCAAAUGAUUAUAAGCACACUGCAAAGACUGACCAAUUCAGGAAGUGUUCUGAUUGGAAAUUCGUAUACCACAGUGCCAGCCAUGGUCACUCAGGCGCAUAUAACAGAAGCAACUGGCUGGGUCCCGGGGGACAGAAAACGGACUCGAGACUUUAUGGAAACAGAUUUUUCAGAAAGUAAAAGAAGCAAGAAAGGAGAUAAGAAUGGCAAAGGUCUAAGGCAUUUUUCAAUGAAAGUAUGUGAAAAGGUCCAGCGCAAAGGAACAACGUCGUACAAUGAAGUUGCAGAUGAGCUGGUGUCAGAGUUUACAAAUUGUAAUAGUCACAUAGCUACAGGUUCAGCUUAUGAUCAGAAGAAUAUUAGACGGAGAGUUUACGAUGCACUCAAUGUGUUAAUGGCAAUGAACAUAAUUUCAAAGGAGAAAAAAGAAAUCAGAUGGAUAGGUCUUCCUACAAACUCAGCUCAAGAAUGUCAAAAUCUGGAGAUAGAGAAACAGAGACGUAUAGAACGAAUAAAACAGAAGAGAGCUCAAUUGCAAGAGCUUCUACUGCAGCAAAUUGCUUUCAAAAAUUUGGUACAAAGAAAUCAACAAAAUGAACAUCAGAAUCGGACCACUCCAGCUUUGAAUUCUACCAUACAACUGCCUUUUCUAAUAAUAAACACAAGCAAAAGAACAAUUAUAGAUUGCAGCAUCUCUUCUGACAAAUUUGAAUACCUCUUUAAUUUUGAUAAUACCUUUGAAAUCCAUGAUGCUGCUGAGGUUUUGAAGCGAAUGGGAAUGUCAUUUGGUUUAGAGGCAGGCAAAUGCUCAUCAGAAGACCUAAGAACUGCUAAAUCACUGGUGCCAAAAGCUUUAGAAAGCUACGUCACAGAUAUGUCUGCAGGAAUUUCUUGGGUGAACAAGGGACUAGUUCUCAGUUCUUCUCAAGCAGUUUUACAUUUUGAUACAGCUGAGGAGGCUGCUGUUUCUAAGUCAAGUGGAAAUCCAGGAGAGCUAUGUUUAGAUGCUGAAGUAGCCUUAGCUACAGGAUAUCUCCUGGCCCCCAGCAGUCAACAGUCCAGCCGUGCGACAUCACGCUACUCAGAGUCCCGUGGUGAAACACCAUGUUCAUUUAAUUAUGAAGAUGAGGACGAGGAUGAAGAUGAUCCCUCUUCACCAGAAUAAAGACAAAAACCAGCCAUACAAAAUGCUGCUCUUGUGCGCUGUUAGCAUGAGCUCAUUUUCUCUAUGUAGUUUUUUCCUCUUUCACCCCUCUUUGAGAUUUUGGAAAGAUUCAUCCUAUGUGAGAGAGGGAGAGAAUGAAAGAAUUCUUAAUUAACACGGGGCAUGAUCCAGUCCUUAAAUUCAUGCAUAUAGGACAGAACAGAGAAGUCUUCAGAUAGGCAGAUAGAUAUUCAGUGGUGAAAAUAUAUAGUGUCACUGGUAUCUGUAUCCAGUGCAUAGGGGCAGUAUGGCUCUCAUCUUUAGAUUAGAUGGAAGGGUCUGAUCAGAGCCAGACAGCUGCUGUCUCUAUGUUGUAGUACUGGGCAGCUGGUUGUCAGUUUGAGAGGUAGCUAUGUGAUAACUUGUUUAGUGAACUGAGGCCUACUGGGUCAUAAAGCUGCUCAUUGCCUGCUGGAUCCUGGUGGCUACUUCAGUAAUGUUGUCUAGCAAAGUGAGAAUCCCCAGUAAAGCUAGUGACAAGCAAGAGUAUGAAAUGCCCCUUCCCCAGCUUUGUUACUGGCCAACAUACAACUGCACACUCACCUCUUUUGGACCCACAGGUAGUAUGGUUGGAUCAGCUUUUUUCAUGUACAACCAAGAAAAAGAACACUUGUAAGUAAAAUGCAUAGUUGGUUUUCUGUAACAUGGUAU